GACCUGAGCUACAAUCACCCAGGAGACUCAGGAGUCAGACUGCUCUCUGCUGGACUGGAGGAUCCACACUGCAGACUGGAGAAACUCAAUGUGGAACAUGGUGGAGAGAACAGAAUGAAACCUGGGCUUAGAAAAUAUGUCUGUGAUCUCACACUGGACCUAAACACAGUAAACAGACACCUCUCUCUGUCUGAGGAGAACAGAAAGGUGACAUGGAGGAGAGAGGAGCAGCCGUAUCCUGAUCACCCAGAGAGAUUUGAGAACUGGGGACAGGUGCUGUGUAGAGAGGGUCUGACUGGGCGCUGUUACUGGGAGGUAGAGUGGAGUGGGAGAAUGGGGGCUGUUAUAGGAGUGACAUAUAAAGGAAUCAGCAGGAGAGGAGAGGAUGAAGACUGUUGUCUUGGAAACAAUGACAAGUCCUGGAGUCUGUUCUGCUCUGACAACAGUUACACUGCCAGGCACAAUAGUAAUCCCACUACCAUAGACGUCCCCUCCUCCAGCUCCCACAGAGUAGGAGUGUAUCUGGACUGGCCAGCCGGCACUCUGUCCUUCUAUAGAGCCUCCUCUGACACACUGACCCACCUGUUCACAUUCAACUCCACAUUCACAGAGCCCCUCUAUCCAGGGAUUUGGGUUUGGGGUAUUGGUGACUCAGUGUCCCUGAAAUAA